UCAAUGUAACGUUUUUAUUGUCCGUUCGUUCGUUCCAUUGUUGUUGGAAGUGAAAGAAGCCAUGAACACACAAGAGUUGGUGUUUGAAUACACUGUGUCCCCAUAAAUUCAGCUAGCCCGAUCAAAUGUGGCGCGAAUUUUGAUCAGUCGUUUUUGAACAAGCCAACAAGUAACACGCUUUCUUGAAAACUGGACUGAGAGAAGAAAAAUCCAUUGGACAGAAAUAAACACAACUUGGGUUGAACAAAAAAAAUAGUUGAAAAAAAAUAGUCUGUGAAAAGUGACGAAACGUGAAUUAUUUCUGUGAUUUCAUCAAGGUUUGAUUUUAACAUUAAAGGAUACUCUUUUUUCUGCACAAACUCGAUAAAUCUUACAAACAAGCGAGAUUAACUUGAACUCGAGCAGUAGUACAAAAUACCAAAUACGAUUACCAAUUAUCGCAAUCGACCGGUCGAUCAUUAACACGUUGAAGAUUAUAACAAAUAACAAAAAAAAAACAUAAUAGGUUCAUCAUCUUGAAACGCAAAACGAUACGAAAAUGAAAGUACUAGCCGCUGUUAUUGUUUUAUACUUCUGUUUUGGCAUUAGCGAAUCGCGUCGACAUCCGAAGAUCAUAACAUCGAUACAGAAUGCUAAUCCACAGUUGCAUAAGAAAGAGUUUGAAUAUAAUGAAUAUGAGUAUCCAACUGGAAAUUCUCAACCAGUCGUUGAAGAGAGCCAUGAAAAUGAGGAAUCCGAACAAGUUGACCACCAUGAACAUCAUGAAUCUUUUUUGCACGCAAAACAUAUUUCAUCAAAGAAACCGGGAUAUAGUGCCGGUAGCGGAUUAAGAUCUAUUGCGCAAGGUUCCGCUGAUCAAGCUAGCUCGGCAGUUAACAAUCAGCAUGCAGCAGCUAAGCAGGCAGCGUUCAUAGCGCAGAAUACAUUAGCGCAGGCCGCCUCACAAGCAGCAGCCACCGCACAGGCUGCAUUGGCGGGUAAACAAGUUUUACUGCAGGGAUUGGAACAGCAAAGUAUCGAAGCACGACAAGCAUUGGAAAGUGAAAUUGCACAACUUCAACAAGCUAAGCGAUCAGCAAAAGCUGCCGCGCAGGCCGCACAACAAGCAUUGAAUCACAUUCAGGUUUUAACUGCGGCACUCAAUAAUGCCCAAACGUCAGCAGAACACGCUCAACAAAGCGCACAAGAGGCAGCCGGAGAGCUGGCCAGUCAACAAUCUAUGGUCGGAGCAGCUAAACAACGAGUUGAAUUGGUUGAAGAACAAUUACAUGCAGCACGCAUUGACUUUGAAGCAACUCAACAUGCAGCUACAAGUGCGGCAGCUUCAGCUCAACAAGCUCAAAAUAAUGCAUCAGCAGCCGCCGUUCAUGCCGCUAUUCAUUUGAAGGAAAUUCCCGGCGAAGAAUCGGUGCGUCACGAUGAUUAUGCAACGAACCAUAACUAUGGCGGCUCUGGUCCUUCAGGUCCAUCGCCAACCAGUGGCAGUGCCAACAUUGCUCAAUCAACAAUUUCUCAAUCUGAUUUUGAUUUUGCUGGUUACAAAUAAAAUCUAACUCAAACAACAAACUACAUUUAGGCAAAAUAAGUGUGUAGUUCAACAAACACACAAACAAACAAAAAUCCCAAUCAAAAAUCAAUUUAAAAAAAAAAAUCAUUUCUUUGGCCAUUCUCGUGAAAGAGAAAGGUUUCAAUUUGAUUGCAUUAUUUAUUGGUUCCAUUUAGCUGUAAAAGCCUUAGGUGUAUUAUUUUGACGAAUUAAUGAAUAGAACGAACACAAAUUUCAUCUAUUAUAUUUACUUGAGUGCAAUAAACAUUUAAUUUAGAUCAAUUCAUUCCAAACUAUGUGAAAAGAAAGACGGCCGCAAAUUUCUUUGAUAAAGAAAAGCAAAAGGUUUUUUUUAUUUCAUAUAUUGGGUCAUGUAA